UUAAAACGCUUCCUUACAUUUAUGAAUCUCAAAUAAUAGGGUUUAGAUUAUAUCGGAACUACAAUAAAGUCAGGUUUAAGAAACUGGUUCAUUGUCCAUGAUUUCAUCGUAAAUGGGUGUUAACUGGUGCUUACGUAUAUUAUAUCCAAUAAGAUCUGUUCCAAAUAAUAUGGGAAUUGUUUUGGCUCGUGUUACUUCAUUAAUAUUACUUUGCAUAUCUUUGGUUUUGUUAGCAAUAGCUGUUGCUCUUAAGGGUUGGAAAGAAGAAAGGUAUUAUGAUGAAAUCAUGGAAAUCAGUUUAUGGACAAUGUGUCGAUAUGCGUUUGGCACAAUUAGAGGGUUAGAUUUUAAUAAAUGUUUUGAAAAUUACUAUGCUGAACAGCCGUUCCAAGCGUGGUUCGAAUGCUUUCGAUUUUUUCUUGUUUUGGCGUUAGCUAUUUUGGUGUUAGCUUUUAUUUUCGUUUGCUAUGAACAAUCUUUUAAAGAUGAACGGUUAAAAAAGUCAUGGAAUCUAGCUGCAAUUGCGUGUCUUUUUAGUGCUUUUCUUACCGGAACUUCAUUGGCGCUUUUUUGGUACGAGUAUUCAUUCGACUUUCUUGAAGAAACUUUUAGAUGGGAAGUAAUGGGCUGGACUGAAGAAACAACAGAUUACUUAGGGUUUACAGAGUAUCCAGGACCACCUUUAGUAUUUUCUGUGAUGUCAUUUUUUCUGAUGUUUUUUACCAGCUACUCGUGCUACGUUACCCACUGCUGCGAAAAAAGUAUGUUUAAUAAUGCUUCCUUGUGCAAAGUCAAAGAGCAAAAGUUUGAAGAAGGCGUUUAAGACUAUCAAAAAAUGACAAUAUGUAUAUACUUUCAUAUUUAAAAAGCUAAUGUAAUAUUUUUUCUUUCUCUGCAAAGAAAAGAACGUGAAAAUAUUUUUUAA